AUUAUCACUCAUUCAUAACGAAAAUAAAGUAAAUACUAUACAAUUAACUUAAUGUACUUUUCAGCAAAACAAAGAAAGUCGGAAGUUAUUAUGACACCGAGUAGCAAACCAAAGAAUCUGACUAAUGCUCAGGAAACGGAAAAGUACAAUACUACACCCUGCAGCGCAUCGAAGAAGCCGACAAGAAAGUCCCAAUGGUGUCCGGUUUUCGGUUAUCCGUCCAGAGCCAAAGAGACCCAGCUGCCAACAAAAUUGGAUACAAUGCGAACCUUUUUGCAGAUACGACAAGAGAUGAAAGUGACAGACAGUGCUCCGGAUCCUGCAGCUUUAACAGUCGCAGAAAGAACAGCGCAACAUAUCGAGCAUAUAUGGAUCAAAGCGUCAACAACAUAUCGAGCAUAUAGCGAUCAAAGCUAUUCCUUCCGAGAAUCUUGUGGAACUUGUCACGUAUGUCAUGACUGUGUAUGCACCGCUAUGGUUCCACAUUAAAGUCAGGUCGGCGUGCACGGAAAGAUCGCGACAUAUGUGGAGACUAAAACAGUUUUCCAGAUACAUGAAACCGGAACUCAAAGUGAUCGUUGAUCCCGUAAUUGCCAGAAACGGUUACUUUUGCCAUUCUGAGAACAUAUUGUUGGCAAUGCUAGCUGAUAAAAGAGACCACAUUAGAGAUCUGGGCUGCAGACGGACACUUGCUGCACGGAAGGAGAACGUAUCAGAAGCACUGCGAUAAUUUCGAGUUCCAAGUUUAAACUUCAAUGCCAGAGAUUACAUUGACCUGGUAAACUGGAACAACAAAGACCGCUGCGAACCUCCGAUGAAGAAACACCUGGUUGAAGCAGAGCUACAAGACUGCGUUAAGAACAGGAUCGACCAACUUGUUAGGAGCCUACCACAAUUUCCCUGCCACAUCCAAGCCACCGAGCGACAUAUUCGUCUAGUAAUUGAUCCAUCGGCGGCAAUUUGCACUGAACAACGAGACGGAUUCAUCCGUUCUGGUAUUGAAUCCAGAAAGUAAAUGAAAACGUUUGACAACAAAGCACAAUACAGACUUUAAUAUUUUAUUUGCAUGUGUAGUGUGUACUUGUGUACUGUGUAGUACAAGUAUUUUAAGUAAGUAAAUUAAACAUUGCUUAGUUGUAUGUAAAAUGUCAGAAAAUUACA